UAGGUAAAGUUAGUGAUGGAGAGGAAGAAGCGAUGGAACUGUGGUUGAGUCGGAUAUUUAGAAAACAAAUUCUGUUUUUCUUUAUUUGUAUAUCAUGUAUUGGAUUAUAUAAAGGUGAUGCUAAAGAUGCUCAGAAACUGAAGAGACUUUCAUUUUUUAACCGUUACCAUGACAGCAUUCCAUCAAUCCUGCACCAGGGCCGUCCAGUUGAAGCUGAGGCGCCACAUCUGGAUAACAUCACAGUAGAGUUUAGGGCCUUUGGUCGACUGUUUGUCGUGGACCUUCACAGAAACAAGCAAUUAUUCUCUAGCUCUUACGUGGAGAAAAUUUAUCACCCUCAUGGGCCUGAAACUAGAAAAACAUUUUCACAAAACCAAGACAACUGUUUCUAUCAUGGCAGUCUGAGGUUCCAGCCCAAGUCAGAGGCAGCACUUAGUACAUGCCAGGGGCUAAGUGGUUAUGUGACAGACCACCACGACACCUACCACAUUGAGCCCCUACAAGGGAAAGUCCACAGGAUCUAUCGCAACAAGGAUCAAAAGAAGCUGCCUUUUAGAUGUGGCACAGAAGGCCAUGAUGGCAGACUGCAUGAACAUAGAAAAGUUAUUUCCAGGCACAAGAGAAGCGUCCUGGCCCCUUAUGACAGCAACUCCAACACGCGCUAUGUGGAGCUGUACCUGGUCAACGACUACAGAGCUUAUGAGCGCUUUGGUAAAAAUACAGAACUUAUCAUUAAAAGAUCAAAAGACAUAGCAAAUAUAGUCAGCAGUCUGUACAGACAACUAAACAUCUAUGUAGCCCUGGUGGGUGUAGAGGUGUGGUCAGGGGGAGACCAGGUCAGCGUGACCCCCAGUGCUGACAACACCAUGGAAAACUUUCUACGCUAUCGCAAGGAGAGAAUCAACCCGUACCACCAUAAUGACAACGCUCAGCUGAUCACUGGUGUCUUCUUUGAACAUGGAGUGGUUGGGAAGGCCAUCAAAGGACCAAUUUGUACACACCAGUUUUCUGGGGGGGUCAACAUGGAUUACGGUGGGGUAGUUACGUUGGUGGCCACAACAGUUGCUCACGAGAUCGGCCACAACUUUGGGAUGGAGCACGACAACGACACCAUGUGUGAGUGCAGGGACGACAAGUGCAUCAUGGCCGCCACCAGCGGACAAAUCAGCCCCAAGAAGUGGUCGUCCUGCUCCCAGAAUGCCCUGGCAGAAGCCUUUGAUCUGGGCAUGGACUACUGUCUGCAGAACAUCCCUGAGACCAUCUACAGGGGACCCAUCUGUGGCAAUGGUCUGACUGAAGAAGGCGAGGAGUGUGACUGUGGGCUGCCUCAGGAUUGUACCAACCGCUGUUGUAACGCAACUGUGUGUAAACUUCAUCCUUUGGCUCGGUGUGGGACAGGGAAAUGUUGUGAUCUCAGCAUAUGUAAGCCAAAAGAAUCGUCCACUCUGUGCCGAGCACCAGGUGGGGAGUGUGACUUGGCUGAAUUUUGUGAUGGUCAGUCCGAGCACUGCCCUACAGAUGUCUUCUUACAGAAUGGCCUGCAGUGUAAGGGUGGUCAGUCGUACUGCUACAAUGGUCAGUGUAAGACCCACAGUGACCAGUGUAAGCUGCUGUGGGGAGAGACGGGUCGAGUGUCUGACCCCUUCUGCUUUCAACAGCUCAACAUUAAGGGGGACAACGAUGGGCAUUGUGGCUACAACUGGACCACGGAUAGAUACAAGCGCUGUGAUAAAGAGAAUGUGAUGUGUGGGCUGCUCCACUGCGUUCACCUGAAUGAGAAGCUGAUGUUCUGGAAGGACAGCUUGACCAUCAACACAAGGGCCACCUUUCUGUCUCAAGGCAACAAGCAGUAUGUCUGCCGGUCAGCCAUGCUGGAUGUUGGACUGGACAUGCCAGAUCCUGGUUUUGUGCCAGAUGGGGCCAAAUGUGAACAUGAUAAGAUUUGCAUCAACCAGCAAUGUUUACCUGUGGCUAAACUGAAGGUCAGACAAUGUCCAGACAACUGCCACGGUCAUGGGCGCUGUAACAGCAAUGGCAACUGCCACUGUAACGCAGGAUAUGCCCCGCCCCUCUGUGACAGGCCAGGCUAUGGGGGCAGCAUAGACAGUGGACCAGCUAGUGAUGAAUACGAGAAGAAUGAAGAUUGUGCUCUAUCCAAGAAAGACAUUCUGAUUGCUUUGCUGGUGGUGUUUCUGCUGGUUAUUCCAAUCCUAAUUAUCUUAAUUAUUGGCUUCAUUAAAAGAAAACGCCUGAUUAAAUGGUGGAAUGCUAUGCCAAGCUUAAAGGACAGGUUUGAGGGCAAGCCAGGCAAACUGAAGGCUAGAGAUUACCCAGCAAAGAAGGAGUUGAAACCUCGCUGUAACGACAGAGAGAAUCUCAUCUUCAACCCCCCACCAACCCAUGCAGCUGACCCCCACCCCAAGCCAAAGGUGUGGAACACUCCUGAGACUCCAGCCCCACCCCCAGAGCGACCGAAGCGACCGCCAUCUUUGGUGAAGAACAAGAGUGCAGCAGAGUCCAAGAACUUGCUGAAGAAGGUCAAGCUGUCUGUGCCCAUACAGGAGACGUGUGGACCACCAUCUCCACCAGCCAAACAAAAGAAAGUAUCACAAAGAGCGCCAUCUGGGUCUAAAAAAACAGACUUGAGAAGCAUUCCAGAGCCCCAGAACCCCAUAGUGAAGAGAGAAUCUUUCCGAGGCUCUCAGAUAUCAGAGCCAGUGCUUGUGUGUACCACCAACAGGAACUCCCUGGUCCUGGCCGAUGGCAAUGUGGACAUCAUCGGCCCUGAGGCCAGGCUCGUCACCAGGAGCCCCACCUUCAACAAGCCUGCGGCCAUCAAGCGCACUCAGUCAGACCGGCCCUUGUCCAGACCUGACCCCCACCACCCAGCUCCCCCAGCCCCAGGGACGUCCACCCUGAAAAAAUCAGCCUCCGCAAGAUCUCCGACAAACCCUAACCCCCCUGUUGCUUCAUCAGCACCCACAACCAACCACAAUAAAACCAACCCAUCAGGGUUCCGCCCCCGCCCCAUCCCACCCAUCCCCACAGAGGAGGAAGAUGACACCCAGCCCAUCUACACCAAUGAGACGUCGGACAUGAGUGACCUGUUGUCAGCCAUAGAGGGUGCACUCAAAGCUUCCUCUAACAUCUACACUAACCUAUCACCUGCUCCCCCUACAGAAGAGUUGCCUCCCCCAACUCCCCCACGCUCCACUUCAGCUGCCCAGCCUUUACCUUCACAGCUAAAGACUAAAGCCAAUCUGGCAACCUCCACACAAAAACCUGCCAAUUUGGCAACCUCCAUACAAAAACCUGCCAAUCUGGCAACCUCCACACAAAAACCUGCCAAUUUGGCAACCUCCACACAAAAACCUGCCAAUUUGGCAACCUCCACACAAAAACCUGCCAAUUUGGCAACCUCCACACAAAAACCAGUUAAUCUGGCAACCUCAUCACAGAAACCUGCCAAUUUGGCAACCUCCACACAAAAACCUGCCAGCUCAGCAUUAGAUGUUCAAACCAACAAAGCCCCAGCUGUUAACAAAUCAACAACAAACAAAGCAGCCACAAGCAACAUUGACAACCCAGCAGGGAAAACAGCUCCUGCGCAGAGACCUGCGUCAGUGGCUGACAGCAAGGAGAAAUUAAAAGGUGCCAUUUCUGAUGAACUCAGGAGCAGAGUUCUGUCACAGUCUGUGGCAGGUCAGGGUGACAUUCAUAAGGCUGCACCAAAGUCAGUCAAGCGAGACCAGGCGUCCAGUGCCACGCCCCCAAAACCUUUGCCACCCAGCACUCAGGGCAGCUCGGCUGUCAAGGUCAUAGACAAAAGUAACAAGGUCAUAGACAAAAGUAACAAGGUCAUAGAUAAGGGUAGCUCAAAAAAAGCAGCCUCCACUAAAUCUAUUCCAUCCAACAAGCCUGAAGUCUCGUCCAGCAAAACCAAUGUCUCAUCCAACAAGCCUGAAGUCUCGUCUAGCAAGCCUGAAGUCUCAUCCAACAAAACCAAUGUCUCAUCCAUUGCUGCCAGAUUUGGCAGCGCUGGCCAAGACACGCCCACCACGCAGGAGACACACGGGAAGAAAGUGCCAGCUAGGAAGGUUGCAGUGCCAGACACAGCAGCAGCACCAGACACAGCACCAGCCACCAGACCUGCUGACAGACCAGUGACACGUGCCCAGUCCAUGUCCAGCGCUCGGCCGUCCCUACCCCCCAAGCCAGACCAGGCCACCACAGUACCUGCCCCCAGCAAUGCUCAGCCAAAGCGAGUCCAAAGUUACAGGAUUUGACCCCGGCCUUCCAUAGCAAGCUUGUGUGUCCUGGUGCCUGUGUCAUCUUGUUGUGCAUCUGUGUCCUUUGUUUGCCCUAGUGAUACACGCAAUAUGCCUACAGUGACCUUUGAUUUCUAGUCGUUUACAAGCCAAUCUUGUAGUCACUCUGUAUAGCUUAUAGUACAGAUGUUUAUUUACUGUUUUUUAACUGAAAACCAUUUGAAAGGACGGUAGUGAUGUCAGCUUUUAGCAUCAACCAUUUUUAUUUACAAUGGUGCAAUAGAUAUUUUUACAACUUGAUUGUGUCAUUACAUUUCUGUCAUGUUAUUGUUUGAAACUUUGAUUUGUAAUAAGUCUUUGAUUAGAAGCAUAUCUGGUCAGGUAAUUCAUGCUCAGCUGUAUGUGUUAUGCUGACAUUUUUACCUGUGUCGCCCACUUUCAUUUUUCUCUCUGAGAUAAGUGAACUAGAUUUACGUAAAUAAAAUUUACAUUUGUGUUAGAGCAAACUUAUCUAGUAGCUGAGAACACCUCACACAAAAGUUGAAGAAAUAGCUAGUUCCCUAGCUGUGUGUAGUCAUUUUCAACCUCUAGUAUUUAUCUUGAUAUUAAUGUGGUGUGCAAUACAUCAAAAUACUUUCAUCAUUGUUCAUAGAAUUUGUAAACUUGUGUGGUUAGCCUCAUGUGUAUGUGGUUAGCCACAUGUGUGUUUGGUUAGCCCUAUGUGUGCAUGUAUUGAAGCGCAUGAUAUCACACGAGUUUUUCAUGUUUUUACUGAUGUAAUUUUGUGUUUUUCUAUCCACCAUUUUUGUGGUUUCAAGUUCUGCUUCUCCCUUUUGUUGCUGCUCCAUGCCCCAUGGUCUGUCUCAUUUAUUCUAGAUCAGGGGUCGGCAACCUGCGGCUCGCGAGCCGCAUGCGGCUCUUUUGACGUCCAGACGCGGCUCUCCAGCUCCUUGCACAAAUAUUAAUAGUUAUUUCAUUUUUACUGGACGGUGGGGUACGACUUUACCCUGCGUUCAGUGGGAUGGAAGAUAAGCCUGCUGAGAACCAAAGGAUAGAAGAGUACGAUGCAAGUUAUUCAAACCGAUAUCCAAGCCAGUUAGUCGGCGUUUGCCGUGUUGAGGCCUGACUGGCUAAUGGGAGACAUCUCCUGAGCCGGUGAUAUCCGUAAAGAAAAAAUAAAAUAAAAAUCAACAGCUUCUAAUGUAAAUUGAGAUAGUCCUAGAAUAAUAUUAUUUGAUUACUAUUUUUUACUAUUCAGGCGAAACAUGUCUAUGUUUUUAUAUGAAUAAGUAUUAUUCAUAUUUAAAGCUAUUUAUUUUAAAUAACAAAUCAACUUUAUUUACCUAAUCUAAUACCGAAUAUUGAAUUAAAAAAGUUGUGGCUCUUUAAAAAUUGGGAAAGUUUGUAAAUUGUAACUUUUGGCUCUUGCGUAUCAAAAGGUUGCCGACCCCUGUUCUAGAUUUUUGUGUCACCACAAGGUUUUGAUGCCACCUACAUGAAUUGCUUGAAGUUAAAACCUCUACAAUCACCGACUGAACAAACCUUCAUACCUGUCUCAGUGAACUGUUCCCUAAAGUUUUUGUAAGAAUUACUUCCCGUGCUUCUUUGUGAUAUUUUUUUAAUAAAUUAAGUCCCUUGGUUUGUGUAUAAAAUAAUUCCCUUGAUUUUAUUGUAUAAAUUUACUUCUUUGAUUUUCUAUUUAUUUUGUAUUCAAACUGAGUCGGGAAUGGGGAGACGAACAUUUUUUUUGCCAAGUUUAGGCUCAUGAUCACAGAUGUUUUUGUAAAGGAUCACAGAAAACCCUCAAGAUGAACCCUACCCUGACAUAGACUAAACCCUAAAGAUUAACCAUACCCUGACAUAGACUAAACCCUCAAGAUUAACCCUACCCUGACAUAAACCCUCAAGAUUAACCCUACCCUGACAUAAACCACAAGAUUAACCAUACCCUGACAUAAACCACAAGAUUAACCCUACCCUGACAUAAACCACAAGAUUAACCCUACCCUGACUUAAACCACAAGAUUAACCAUACCCUGACAUAAACCACAAGAUUAACCAUACCCUGACAUAGACUAAACCCUCAAGAUUAACCCUACCCUGACAUAAACCACAAGAUUAACCCUACCCUGACAUAAACCACAAGAUUAACCCUACCCUGACCAAAAAAAAACCUUGACACCCGUAUCAGUUGAUUUGCUAUUCUUGUAGAGGAGUUGUUCUGGUCUGUACUGUUUGUAACUUGAGGAUGGUAUGGAGAAAUGAACCAAUAUCAGGCCCGCGAUCUAAGAUCAUUACUUUUUCAAACAGCUGGUCUACUUAAAACUGUAAGAAUUUUAAUUCUUUUAAUUUAACGAACGCCUCUUGUUAUUGUCAACAAAGGGGGCGAGGUGUACCUGUGUACCGGUUCUUUCAUUGAUUGUGUACGGACACCCGGGAAAAGACUGAGCAUCGUGUUUUGUUUUAUAACCAGUUUACUGUAUUUUUAAGGGCGUGAACAAAAACAUUUAGUACCAUUUUUUUUGUAACCAGUUUAUGUCAAGCAAGAUCCACUUCAUUUAUUUUAUUUUACUGUUUGUAAGAAAUGCAAUAAACAAAUC